GUCAUGGCAUAAUUUCUCGAGAAAGCAGUCUACUUCAGAUGGACUUCUUCAACAAAGCAACGCCAUUUUGAACCAUCUAGCAGCUGCAGAUUACUCUUAGACUUACCCAAAGGUUAUAAUUGCUAAACUCCGGGGAGGAAGAAAUCGACAUUAAUUGCAAAACCAUUUCGAAAUACAAUUAAUAUCCAAUUAAUUAGAACAUGAAAUGGUUACUUUGUUAAAUGUUACAAUGCGCAUCCUUCGAAGAAAAUGGAAGAUUUUUGCAGCUGCACUCUUUGUGAGUAUACUGUUGUUGUGGACUAUAAACUGGUGUGGCAAUAGGCAAUCAAAUAAUGCAGAACAUUCCAAGACCUCGGAACCACUGAAUGUAUUGCCCAGUUUAACUGUAAUUAUUCAAGAUUUUGAUGUCCUUCAAAAUGAUGUGUUCACAUCUGCUAGUUAUAUUGCAGGGAAUUUAUCAGAUGUAAAUGUACUUAUAGUGUCUGAACAAAUACCUUACCCACCUGUAAAGAUUCCAACACUGGAAAAUGUUAAAUUAGUAAUAUCCCAACCUAACCCAGGUCAUUCGUUAAAUUCAUCUAGACCAGAAUUGAACAUCAGAUCAAAUUUUGUUCUGUUUUUACCAGAUGGAUCACUGAUAGGUCAGGAUUUCUACAGAAUAUACAAGUCCUUUGUUAAUAAAUUAGACUUAUCUAGAAAUGAAGCAUUUGCAAUUACAGUGGACAAUUCGCGACUAAAUUGUUAUGGAUUGGAUUUUAAAAUGAAAACUUGGACGUUGAACAUAGGUGAGAGACUGGAUUCCAAGAGUUGUGGGUAUGUGAAAGGAGAUCAUGGUUUACUGUUGCAAGCCAAACAUUUGUUUUCUUUAAUGGAUCCAUUCAUGCCUUCUACUUUUAUGUCAUUGUAUAUUCAGUUAUCAUUAGUAUAUGUCAAGGUUGUGAUGAUAGAAGACCUACAGCUACAGCGGAUAUCAACUGCUCCUAAAGAUGCUAAAGUAUUGUGGGAGCAAAAACAGUUCAGGCAGAGAAAAUCAGAACAACUGUAUGCUAAAGUUGGAGUAAAAAAAGUAAACUAUGCAAAUGGUCAUACAGAAUGGUAUGGGUGUAAUAAAGAAUCAACCAGAUGUUUUGACACUGUGUACCAAAAUAUGCCUGAAUAUCUGUAUAAUGGGAGAUGGACACCUCCAUGCUGCCUGACACACCUGAGGGAGACGGCAAGACAUGUGUUUGGCAUCUUGGACGCCUGUAAAGCCCGAUGGUGGCUGGAGGGUGGGAGCUUGCUAGGUGCUGCUCGGGACCAUGACAUUAUUCCUUGGGAUUAUGACAUUGAUAUUGGAAUGUAUCGGGAGGACAUGCUCAAGUGUAAUCAAUUGUUAAGAGUUUCCAAAGAAAGAUUUGUAGAUGAAAAAAGGUUUUCAUGGGAGAAAGCAAUAGAAGGAGAUUUUUAUCGUGUACAGUUCAGUGAGAGCAAUCAUUUACAUGUAGAUAUAUUCCCUUUUUAUCCCCAAAAUGGUAUAAUGACGAAAGAUACUUGGUUCAAAACUCAUAAACAAGACACAGAGUUCCCAGAACAUUUCUUAAAACCUUUAACUCGAAUUGAAUUUGCUGGAAUUAAUGCAUCUGCUCCAAAUAAUGUAAGAGAAUUUUUAGAAUAUAAAUUUGGCAAAGGAGUGAUAGAAAGUCCAAAAUACCCGAAUGAAGUAAUAGCUUUUUGAAUCUUGUUUAUUCAAUGACAAUGUUUAUUUAACAGAUAAUAAAUCUGUAUUCACUUUUGUAAGUAUGUUUUUAUGCAAAACAAAAUACAAA